CGUGCGCCCAGGCAGACCGCAGAACAGAAAUGUGUUCCCGUCGAUCCGGCAGUGUUUGGGUUUAGCUGAAAAGAAAAAAAAAAGUUCUUCUCUCCCAAAGAAAAUCCGAGCCGAUGGCCGCCGCCGCCGCAAUCGCUCCGCCCCUCGCCCAGCAGCAGGAGCUGUUCAAGGAGGUGGUCGAGAACAUCUUCAACCGCUGGACCGCGCUGCGUUUGGCCGUCGAGCACGGCAUGGGAGGCGCGCUGGGGCUGAACACUGCAAUUGAAAUUAUCAACUACGUCACCUGCUACUGCACCGAGAACAAAAGGGUGGACUUUAUCGAUCUGCGCGAGGUGUUGGAGGAAAUUAUGGACCAGGAGUUCCAGACGAUCUGCCAGGACGAGUCGAUCGAUGAAAUUAGUCACAUUCUGAUCAAGUAUCUGAACCUGGUCAAAAGCAACAAAGUGGACGAGAUGAGGGCGGAGCUGGCCCGGAUGGGACCGUGCGAGAUCUGGAUCAAGUCGGGCAACCGGAUAAAGGUUCAAAAGAUGGACGAUAGCAGUGGAACCGAGGACGACGAGGAGGAGGAAGAUGAUGAUGACGACAUGGAAGUUGAGGCGCCUCCGUUUACCAGAACCGUUGCGAUGAGCGUUCCCAGCACGGAAGGAUCGACGACCAACUUUGUGGAGGAGGAAGUCGAGCCAGGCUGGACGCAGGUCUGCAACCGGAGGCGGAGGUAAACUGCGUGAAACUAGGUCUUGUUGUAAAAUGUCACAAGUUUUUCUUUGAAUAAGCCGAAAAAAAAUGGAA